AUGUCCGGGGACUCGGGGCACGGGUUCAAGAUGAUGCCAAUCGUCGGGCAGUGGGCUGUGAAACUCCUGGAAAAUGGACAACAGGUUUUACCCAGGUGGCAAUGGAAACAAAGCCAGGACAAAGAAGGGAAGCAAUGGGGAGACGAGGUCAGUUGGAGGAUUGGAACGACUGGGGAGGUUGAAGAAAUCCUCACCGAGCACGAAAGAGUGGUAAAGGGACGUCUAUAG